AUGUCCACCUUGUCGAACUACGCUUUCCGCAUGCGUUGUCUGAGCGCCAGAAUAUUUGGAGAGGUUGUGCGGCCAACGGAUAGUAAGUCUAUGAAAGUAGUGAAGCUUUUCAGCGAGCCGCCAAUGGCCAAAAGGAAAGAGGUCUACAAGUGGUACCCACCGCACGAUAUCUAUAACCCACUAAUGCGCAAUCUGAGAUAUCUGGGCCUCUAUAGGGAUGAACAUGAAGAUUUCAGGGAAGAAAUGAAACGACUUCGCAAACUCCGUGGCAAAAGCACACCCAAAAAGGGUGAAGGCAAGAGAGCAAUGAAGAAAAAAUAG